UCUCGUUGGCAGUCUGGCAACGCCGUCUACACGCAGAAACAAAAAGUCAUCUUCGAAGCGGCGUUUGCAUUUUACAAGUUUUAUUUGUCGAACUCAAACAAAUAUUAAAGCAUAGUCAUAAUGUCCAUUUUAGCUUACAAUGGAGGUUGCGUCGUCGCUAUGCGCGGCAAGGACUGCGUGGCCAUUGCUACGGAUCAUCGCUUUGGUGUGCAGGCACAAACAAUUUCUACAGAUUUCAAGAAGGUGUUCCACAUUGCCCCUCGCAUGUUCCUGGGUUUGACUGGCUUGCAGACUGAUAUACUAACCGUGCGGGACCGUCUGAUGUUCCGGAAAAAUGUCUAUGAAACAAAAGAGAAUAGAGAGAUGGCACCCAAACCUUUCUCUGCAAUGUUGUCAAGUUUUCUUUACGAGCACCGCUUCGGACCGUACUUUAUUGAGCCGGUGGUGGCUGGCUUGGAUCCAAAGACAAUGAAACCAUUUAUUUGCAACAUGGAUCUCAUAGGAUGUCCUAAUGAGCCUGAUGACUUCGUAGUGGCUGGCACUUGUGCUGAGCAGCUGUACGGAAUGUGCGAAACAUUAUGGCGCCCAGACCUGGAGCCGGAUCAGCUUUUUGAGGUCAUUGCUCAGUCAAUGGUGAAUGCAUUUGAUCGCGAUGCUAUGAGUGGUUGGGGUGCAACGGUCUACAUUAUCGAAAAGGACAAGAUUACGGAACGCUCGCUCAAAACGCGUAUGGAUUAAGCAUAAUUUUGUAAAAAAAACACUUUAAAAUGGUAAAGAAACACAAAUAAAAUUUGUUAGGAUCAGUA